GAAGAAUUUUAUAUGCAAAAGCUCAACUAUUCUGCCCUCAACAUACUGAGUUGUGCUUUCAUUGGGAUAAGGGUGUAUCCCUUUUUCUAAUGUUACAGAGGAUCAUGACUACUCUCUGGGCCAUAUCCUGUUGGUUGAUUGGGAUGUCCCCACCUCUCCACAAACUGUGUGACCUAACCAGCUGUGAGCUCCCUCCUCCCUUCCUCCUGCGCUGCCCUUUAAAGUAGGCAAUCUGCCUUAAUCCUCAACCCAGUAAGGGAAAGGAGGGAGAAUGACGGAGAGAGAGCAAAUGAGCACGAAGCAGACACAAGGGGGAAAUCUGGUUACUUUCUGAAAAGCCCCUAUAGUGAAAGCAAGAGGUGCAUCUGGGGACUGGUACUCCCUUUUCAUGAGGCCAUUAGCUUUUAACUUGGGCCUUCCUCUCCAUCUGGGGAGAAAUACUAAAAUAAUGGAGAGCCCUCCUUGCACAGUGGAGAGAUAAUCGAUCUGAACUGCUAGAUUUCUUUUGGAAAUUUACACAUCUUCUCCUUCCCCUUUACACAACCAACCUGCAAGAUGUCUAAGUCGGAGUGCAACGGAGGACCAUUGGGAUCUCCAGGGGCACCACCCCAAUCAGCAGCCGAGGCUUUUGUGGAAGCAUCAGGUCAGGCCAUAGUAUGGACGCUUGCGAGUGGAGGUUCAGAUACUUUGGGCUCUACUGGCAGCCUUGCUCAGAAGAAGCGUCAGCAGCAGAACAAACAUAAGACCCAGGGCUCCAACGUGGUGCACCGUUCACCACGAGCCCUCUUCUGUCUACGUUUGAACAAUCCCAUCCGCAGAGCUGCUAUCAGCAUAGUAGAGUGGAAACCUUUUGACAUCCUCAUCCUUAUGACAAUCUUUGCCAAUUGUGUGGCCUUAGGAGUCUAUAUUCCCUUUCCAGAGGAUGAUUCCAAUGUCUCCAAUCACAACUUGGAACAAGUGGAAUAUAUUUUUCUCAUCAUCUUCACAGUGGAAACUUUCCUCAAGAUCCUUGCCUAUGGUCUAGUCAUGCAUCCUAGCGCCUAUAUUCGCAAUGGCUGGAAUCUUCUUGAUUUUGUCAUUGUUGUAGUGGGUCUCUUCAGUGUCAUUCUGGAACAAGUCUCCCACAAGCCUGGGGAGGCCCAUCACAUGAGUGGGAAGCCGGGCGGCUUUGAUGUCAAAGCCCUGCGAGCUUUUCGUGUCCUGCGACCUCUGCGUCUGGUCUCUGGUGUCCCUAGUCUGCAUAUUGUCUUGAAUUCUAUCAUGAAAGCCAUGGUGCCCCUUCUGCACAUAGCAUUACUUGUUCUUUUUGUCAUCAUCAUCUAUGCCAUCAUUGGCUUGGAGCUCUUCAUUGGUCGCAUGCAUAAGACCUGCUUCAUCAUUGAUUCAGAUCUGGAGGCUGAGGAAGACCCAUCACCUUGUGCUUUUUCCGGACACGGCCGGGAAUGCACAAUAAACAAUAGUGAAUGUCGUGGCAGGUGGGAGGGACCCAAUGGUGGAAUCACCAAUUUUGACAACUUCUUUUUUGCCAUGCUUACUGUCUUCCAAUGCAUUACCAUGGAAGGUUGGACUGAUGUUCUAUACUGGAUGCAAGAUGCAGUGGGUCAUGAACUACCGUGGGUUUAUUUUGUCAGCCUUGUCAUCUUUGGCUCUUUCUUUGUGCUUAAUUUGGUUUUGGGUGUGUUAAGUGGGGAAUUCUCUAAGGAACGAGAGAAGGCAAAAGCCCGAGGAGACUUCCAAAAGCUACGAGAAAAACAACAGAUGGAGGAAGAUUUGAAGGGCUAUCUGGAUUGGAUCAUGCAAGCAGAAGACAUUGAGCCCGAUGAAGAAAAAGAUGAGACAAUGGUCCCACAAUACAGAGAAAUUGCUAACAGGAAGAAGAAAUGGUUCAGGCAUAGCAGUCAGUCCUCCGACAGCCACACAUCCCAUGCCAGUCUUCCUGCCAGCGAAAGUACCUCGGUCAACACGGAGAACGUUGACGAUGAAGAGAACCUUCAGUGCCACUGCUAUGAUGUGUGUGUACGAAAGCUUUCCAAAACCAAAUUUGGCCGCCAUGUACAGCGCAUCAACCGACUUUUUCGGAAGAAAUGUCGUUUGGCUGUCAAAUCUGUCCCUUUCUACUGGAUCGUCCUGCUCCUUGUGUUUCUGAAUACCCUCACCAUUGCUUCUGAACAUUACAGGCAGCCUUAUUGGCUCACCCAAAUCCAAGCUUAUGCUAACAAAGUAUUGUUGUCACUCUUCACCCUGGAGAUGCUGCUGAAGAUGUACAGCCUAGGCCUCCAAGCCUAUUUUGUCAGCUUCUUCAAUCGUUUUGACUGUUUUGUGGUAUGCGGUGGGAUUUUGGAGACUGUCCUGGUAGAAUUUGAGAUCAUGCAAUCCCUUGGAAUCUCUGUGCUCCGUUGUGUUCGCCUCCUGCGAAUCUUCAAAAUAACCAGGCAUUGGGCCUCACUGAGCAACCUUGUGGCUUCUUUGCUGAAUUCCAUGAAGUCCAUUGCCUCCUUACUUCUACUGCUGUUCCUCUUCAUUAUCAUCUUCUCCUUGCUAGGCAUGCAACUCUUUGGUGGCAAAUUUAACUUUGAUGAGACUCAGACCAAACGCAGCACCUUUGACACUUUCCCCCAGGCCUUGCUCACUGUCUUCCAGAUACUGACAGGAGAAGAUUGGAAUGCAGUGAUGUAUGAUGGGAUCAUGGCCUACGGCGGCCCCUAUUUUCCCGGCAUGCUGGUCUGCAUCUAUUUCAUCAUUCUCUUUAUUUGUGGCAACUAUAUCUUACUCAAUGUCUUCUUGGCUAUUGCAGUGGACAAUCUUGCUGAUGGGGACGAUAUUAAUACCUCUAAAGAAGAGAAGUGAGCAUAGCCUAAGUGAGGGCAGGAUGGGAAAGAAAUUCAACUAGAUAAUAGCUGUUUGAUUUAGGGAGAACAGAAUGAAGAGGAGAAAACUGUGAAGGUAGAAGGUGGGGAGGAGGAGGAGGAGGAGGAGGCUGUAGAAGAAGGCAAUGAAGGAGCAGAGGAAGAGGCGGCAGAUCAACAGAGCUUGGCAGAGUCCCACGUAGACAAACUGGAAGACACUCCCAAGGAGAAAGUUGUACCAAUUCCUGAUGGAAGCGCCUUUUUUUGCCUUAGCCAGACAAACCCUCUUCGUGUUGGGUGCCACAAGCUGAUCCACCAUCACAUCUUCACCAAUCUUAUCCUUGUCUUCAUCAUUCUUAGCAGCAUCUCUUUGGCAGCUGAAGAUCCCAUCCGAGCACACUCCUUCCGCAACAAUAUUUUGGGCUACUUUGACUAUGCCUUCACGUCUAUCUUCACUGUUGAGAUCUUACUCAAGAUGACUUCAUAUGGUGCCUUCCUGCACAAGGGCUCAUUCUGCCGGAACUGGUUUAAUCUCCUGGAUCUGCUUGUUGUCAGUGUCUCACUCAUCUCUUUUGGCAUCCACUCCAGUGCCAUCUCUGUGGUGAAGAUAUUGCGGGUACUAAGGGUACUCCGUCCUCUCCGAGCCAUCAACCGAGCCAAAGGGCUGAAGCAUGUGGUACAAUGUGUGUUCGUAGCAAUCCGCACCAUUGGAAAUAUCAUGAUUGUCACCACCUUGCUGCAGUUCAUGUUUGCUUGCAUUGGCGUUCAGUUAUUCAAGGGCAAAUUCUAUAGCUGCACAGAUGAGGCCAAGCAUACUCCAGUUGAGUGCAAAGGCACUUUCAUUGUGUACAAGGAUGGGGAUGUGGCUCAUCCAAUGGUGCGUGAGCGCAUGUGGCUCAACAGCGACUUCAACUUUGACAAUGUGCUGUCAGGCAUGAUGGCUCUCUUCACUGUCUCCACUUUUGAGGGAUGGCCAGCGCUCUUGUACAAAGCUAUUGAUGCCAAUGCAGAAAACCAAGGACCAAUAUACAAUUACCGGGUGGAGAUCUCCGUAUUCUUCAUUGUCUACAUCAUCAUCAUUGCCUUCUUCAUGAUGAAUAUCUUUGUGGGCUUUGUCAUCAUCACUUUCCGCGCCCAAGGAGAGCAGGAAUACAAAAACUGUGAGCUGGACAAGAACCAGCGGCAAUGUGUGGAAUAUGCCUUGAAGGCUCAACCCUUACGACUCUAUAUUCCAAAGAACAAAUAUCAAUACAAAUUCUGGUAUAUGGUCAAUUCCACUUGUUUUGAAUACAUCAUGUUUGUACUGAUCUUGCUGAACACUAUUGCUUUGGCUGUACAGCACUAUGAACAAUCAGAGCCUUUUAAUAACGUGAUGGAUCUGCUCAAUAUGGUGUUCACAGGCCUCUUCACUGUUGAAAUGUUUCUGAAGAUUAUUGCCUUCAAGCCCAAGCACUACUUUGUUGAUGCAUGGAAUACCUUUGAUGCUCUGAUUGUGGUUGGGAGUAUCGUAGACAUUGCUGUUACUGAAUUCAACAGCUCAGAGGACAGUUCCCGUAUCUCUAUCACCUUCUUCCGCCUUUUCCGUGUCAUGCGCCUGGUCAAGCUCCUCAGCAAAGGUGAGGGUAUCCGUACCCUCCUCUGGACUUUCAUCAAAUCUUUCCAGGCUUUGCCGUAUGUGGCCCUCCUCAUUGCCAUGAUUUUCUUUAUCUAUGCUGUCAUUGGCAUGCAGACCUUUGGCAAAAUAGCUAUGCAAGAUAGUACAGCCAUCAAUCGCAACAAUAAUUUCCAGACCUUUCCACAAGCUGUGUUGCUGCUUUUCAGGUGUGCCACAGGGGAAGCCUGGCAGGAGAUCAUGCUGGCCAGCUUGCCUGGCAAGCGCUGUGACCCUGAGUCUGAUUUUGAACCUGGGGAGGAAUUCACUUGUGGUAGCAACUUUGCCAUUGUCUAUUUCAUCAGCUUCUUCAUGCUGUGUGCCUUCUUGAUCAUUAACCUCUUUGUUGCUGUCAUCAUGGACAAUUUUGACUAUCUGACUCGGGACUGGUCCAUUCUGGGUCCCCACCACCUCGAUGAGUUCAAGAGGAUCUGGUCGGAAUAUGAUCCAGCUGCCAAAGGUUACAUCAAGCACCUGGAUGUGGUGACCCUCUUGCGCCGGAUACAGCCACCUCUGGGUUUUGGGAAGCUCUGUCCUCACCGAGUGGCCUGCAAAAGACUGGUGGCCAUGAACAUGCCAUUGAACUCAGAUGGAACUGUCACUUUCAAUGCCACCCUCUUUGCUCUGGUGCGUACAUCACUAAAGAUCAAGACGGAAGGAGACCUGGAUAUAGCCAAUAGGGAACUCCGUUCUGUCAUCAAAAAGAUCUGGAAACGGACUAAGCCCAAAUUACUGGAUGAGGUGUUACCUGUUGCAGAAGGAGAGGAGAUAACUGUAGGAAAAUUCUAUGCCACAUUCCUGAUCCAAGAUUAUUUCCGUAAAUUCCGUAAGCGGAAAGAAAAGGGACUGCUUGGACCAGAUGGGUCCCCAAGCAACUCCUCCGCCUUGCAGGUUGGACUGAGCUGCUUACAAGAUCUAGGGCCUGAGAUCCGCAGAGCAAUGUCCUGUGACCUGGAAGGAAAAGAGGAGGAGGAGGAAGAAGAAGAAGAAGUUGAGGGAAAAAUCAUUGAGGAAGAGACAGCCAUUUACAAGAGUUCUGAGUUAUAUAGUGAAGCCCCUGAGCACCAUGCCUCAGUUGCUGAGACUCCAGCAGAACAAGAAGAUAAGACUGUGGUCUCUCAGCACCUCUCUAAGACCAGCUCCUCCCAUGUGUUAAAUGGGCUGAAGCCCUAUGAAGAGAACAUUAGUGGCAGUGAUGAGCCUGCUGACUUGCCUGUUGUUUCCAUUCAACGCAGGAUAAACAGGCAACGCUCCACUUUCCCACCAACAGUAGAAGAAGUAGUUAACCACACUGAUGUUUGUAUAGAGGACACCUCAGUUGAGCAGGGAAACUAUAGCCGGGAGGAAGACUCUGAAAACCUGCCCCCACAUGACAAGCAGCCUCAUCUGCACAACCCUCAGUCCCACCAGCAUCCCUGGCAGAGUGGCUAUGCGGGCUCUCUGCCUCUGUUCUCCCAUCGUGUCAACAGCAGACUCGGCAAAGGAGUACUGGACGGCAGGCAGACCAAGCGUCGGCGCCUCUUGCCUGCCACUCCCGCAGGCCGCAAACCAGCCUUCAGCAUCCAGUGCCUGCAGCGUCAAGACAGCUGCGAUGAUAUCCCCAUCCCAGGCACCUACCACCAAAAGGCACCACUGGGCCGAACACACGUGCAGUCCCACCAGGGCUAUGGCAAGUAUAGCUCAUGGCACAGUAGCAGCCGCACUUCAACAUCUUCCUCGCAAUCUUGGGCCACACCUCCAAAACGGGGCCGGCUGCUCUAUGCUCCGCUCAUCCUAGUGGAGGAGGAGAGGGUGCCAGGAUACAGCUGGGAAAAGAAUAGCAGCAGCCUUCCACCUAUGUCGCAGGCCCACUGGUACAGGAAUGAAGCCGAGCUGACCUGCCACACCUACGGAAGCCUCAAGGUUCCAAGCCCACUCCGGCACAGCUCCGGUGGCAGAUCUGGCAGCGCAGACAGUCUGGUGGAGGCGGUGCUCAUCUCCGAAGGCCUAGGCAUGUAUGCACAGGACCCAAAUUUUGUGGCCUUUACCAAGCGGGAGAUUGCUGAUGCCUGCCACAUGACUCUGGAUGAAAUGGAAAGUGCUGCCACGGACUUGUUGAGUCGCAAGUCUGCUAGUGGUGAUAGUAGCAGCCGAGGUGGUGGAAGUCACCUUCUGUAUAGCAGUGAUGGGGAACAUAGCGGAGCUGAGAGUCUAGGCCUUGUUUAUAGUGAUGAAGAAAGCUUCCGCUCCCGUGAGGAAGAGGACUUGGCUGAUGAGAUGAUUUGCAUCACCACUUAUUGACCAAGAAAUGCCCUCUCAGCAGGGCACAAAGAAUCAGUGGCUGCAGAACUGCUCAAAACAUUGCAAUGAUGGUUGUGGUUAUUUAAAAAACAACGGAGUUCAGGGUUAAGAAAUCAAACACUCUCCUCAUAUUGAUUGUAGCAGAAACAAUUAUUAGAAAGACUGGAUAAUAAGCUUUCCUGAUUUAGGGAGUCUGCUCUUUCUCUUCCAGGCUUUGGCUCUUCCAAAAACAGUACAGAAAACAGCAGCCUUGUACCUUUUCUUCUAAGGAAGGGUUCUGGAGUUGAACUGGAAUUCCCACACAAUUAGUUCUGUUUUUUUCAUCAAAAACAAUAGAUAUUGUUUCAAAGAUCUGGGAUGGGAAGCUAUUUUGCCAGAUCAUAUUAAAAAGAGAGAGAAAAAGUAACUAUUCUCCAACAUCUUUUCCCUGAUGUUCACUAAUCACAACCAGUUCUUUUAUAGUUGCUUUUCCAACCUGGUACCUUCCAGAUACUUUGGAUUUCAGUUUUUAUACUGUA